AUCCAUCCAGUUCAGGCACUUGAGUCGGACGGUCGCGAACUACAUUUGCAAAGUAAUGCAGCCCAACUGAUUCAGUGCAUCGGCAUACGUUGAUGGAUUAAAACGCGCCGCGUUGUGCUGCGGUUAAGUGAACGUAUUCUCGGUCCAAAUAACAACAAAAUAAAUUAGGAAUUCUAAAACGACUUGGCGAACAAAUAAAAAACUAAAAAUUAAUUGAAAGGAAUUUAAAAAAAAAUUAAAACUAGCAAAUAUUUUUUGUUUAAAAAUAUUAAAAAAAAGACAGAGGAUAAAUUGUAUUAUCGCGUCAAUUACAUUUUGGAUAAAUAAUCCCAGCAUUUAACGAUUUCUAAUUUUGUUGCUGUUUUGAAGAGAACUUGUAACAGUAGCCAGCGAAUAAUUGUCACAAAUUCGCAACAAACCCCUAACAAAUAUGACACGCCAUAUGACGUAUUCGCUUGUGGUACUCAGCAGCUUGUUGGUGGCUGUCAAUUCCCAAUAUAGCUAUGACAAACCAGUCAAACUUAUCGACGAUGGUUAUGCAUAUGCCAAACCCGCUGCCACCGGACAUUUCUUUCCACCGCUGCCAACGGUAAAACCUCUACCAGCUGUGCCAGAUCUUCCGCCACUACCCACAGCUCGGCCAAAGGUAACACUUACCCAACAGGCACUGUAUCAGACGCAUCCAACCCCGGGUCAUGGUGCUCCCCACACGACUCUAUUGCCGGCCACCUUCAAGCCAACGGACAUUGAUAAGAUUGCUCAACAAUAUCGUCCAUCAUCGGCACCAACAUCAACAGGUGGCACUUCGGGAUAUGGUGUGACGGGAAGUGGCAACGGCGGAAGCUAUUCACAACCCACUGCUCCCAGCGGUGGUGGCGAAAUUUUGUUGGGCACCUUUGGUCCACCAACUGGCAGUGCUGCCCUGGAUCCCAAUGCCCCGGCACAACAACCUUUGCGUAUUCCCUUCGGCAAGACCGCCAUUAUUCAUCCGGCCGGUACCGGUGGCGGAGAACGACCAUUGAAGCAAUAUUCCGUAAUUGAGAUUAUUGACAAUGAUAUUGCCCAGAAUAACCAACCCUUCUUGCCACCCUUGGUCCAUGAUGAUUUCCGUGCUUUGAUUGGUGCCACCGGCACGGGAGCGAUUGCUCCCCUCACCACUGGAUUCCAGUUCGAAUCGAAGGCCAAUUCAAAUGUUGUGGCCCAACAACAACAGCAAGAGUAUCACACAUCGUUCCGUUCAAGCGGCCAAAUUGCUUUGGGUUCUGGUGGUUUGGGUUUGGUCCGCCUACCCGAUGGAAAAAUCCAUUUAGGUUCCGGUUCCUUGGGCUAUAUUAGCAAUGACAUGGUACGUCACAAUGCCAAUGAGGCCCGCACACGUUCCGAAAUGGCCAGAGCGAGUGCCCUGCACUUUGGUCAUGGCUCCUUGGCCCAGGCGCAGCAGCAGCAGUUUGGUGGGGCGCGCACUUUUAGAUUUUAAUUACAAUUUUAAGUAACUGCAGAUGAGAGGAGAGAAUUUAAAUUUAAUCCGUUACGAAAAGAUAACAACAACUACAGCAACAACAAUAACAAUAACUGAAAAUGUAAACUUUUGUAAAGUAAAUCGAAGAGACAUCGUGCACAAUGUCCUGUUUUUUAUUCCUGAUUUAUUUUUUGUUUUUUUCUUAAGUAUCGAAUGCUUUUUUAAGUUUCGUUUUAACCUAUGUACAUAUUUUUUAUUAUCAAUAUACAUACAUAUAUAUCUACAUUUGUUUUAUCAUUGCGAUGUAAAUAAAAUAAUAAUUACGACAAUACAAACAUA